AGUAGUCUAAUAACUCUCCUAUAUACAAAAUUUCCGCUACGAAAAUAAAGUAACAGUUUGUGUAAAAGUACCAAUUUCUGUGAAACUAAUUAUAACAAGAGCUUAAACUAUGUCGCAAAAUAAAAUUGCAGUGAAAAGUUUGCCUAGUAAAAAAUUGUUUAACAGUGGCUACAGGCCAUUUCAUUCCUCUAUUCCUCUUAUUUGUAGUACUUUGGAUGAUCAGCAAAUGAAUGCCGGGGAGUGUUCCAGGCUGUGGUUUCUAAGGGCGCGGUUACACGGGACCCUGAACUACUUCAGUUGCAAGCAGUGGGUGCAGCAGACGAGGCGGGUCGACCUGGGAGAUGAGUUCCGGGCGAGAGGCUACGAGUGCCUGAGGAACCUCAAGGUGUGCGACGUCCACUUCGGGGCCGGGGACUUCAGGAACCCCAGGAACAAGUCGCAAGGGUUAAAGAAAGGCGUUGUUCCGAGUUUGAACAUUUACAGCGAAAGGAAGCAGUUGAGUGGGAAAAAAUGUCACAAGAAGAGACUCGUGGUAGAUGCUGCAAACCUGAGAAGACGUCCCUUGAAAACGUCAGGUAGUGUGUGUGCCGCGGAGGUGUUUUCAGAGCCACGCGCAGUUCCGGAUGCGAGGCGUUCAGGAGGGAGUGGCACCACUGCUGCGUCGCAGCUGCGAGAGGCCUUGCGGAGGUUGAAGCUGGCACGCCGCACCAUCUCCAAUCUGAAGCACACAGUUGCGGCGUUGAAGGAAGAAAGGCCUGAAGCACGGUGCUGUAGUGAAUACGCUGAGCCCAGUUUCUCCACGGACAUGUGCGAAACCAAAGAUGAGUUUCUCGUUUGCCAGGUGAAACUCAAGUGCAGGAAACUGAGGUAUUGAAGAUGCACUGUGCUGCUGUGUCCUAUCUAGUGCUGAAGGUUCUGGACCAAAGUGCAGACUACACGCUUACCAACUGUUGCCUGAUUACAGCCGUUGUUAGGAGGGAUAGAUUCCAGAAAGAAGAAGUACGCACAUGCAUACGAAACAUGUCUUUGUUUUGGUAAGAAACAACACCGCCAUGUGCCUGGAAUGAUUUCAUACAAGACACGGAAAACCAAAAUCGGGAUGGCGCCGGCCGGGGUUGGACACGUGUCCCGCUGCACUUCCUCGCUCUGUUGUGUUGGUAGUCCUGACGAUAUGCCCUUCAAGGACGCCAAGGUUGUAGGUCCUUGCUGGGAUUGUGGGUGUGACAGCAUUCGAGGUCCUUAAACCAGUUAUUGGCAUGGCUCUAAGCCAACCAUGUUUUGGGGAUACAUUGGAAUUUCAUAACAGAGCAUUACCUUAAAAUAAUUCUCACUAUUGAAUUUAUAUUUUCAAAUUUCUUUCAACACAAUUCAGAUUUAAGUAACAGUUCAGUAUAUACCCUCUUUUGUAGCAUAAUCAUCUCACUCGCAUAAUCGUCGCACCCAUAUUUUAGGGCAAAAAAAUUUGGAUAAAAAAACCUCUCGCGUAAACGUAGCAUGAUGUUUAAGGUCCCGCUAUUAGAUUGAGCGCUUUGUAUAGGUAUCUUUUACGUAUAUAAUGGGGUAUUUUAAAGUAGAAAUCUAAUCAUAUUUAUUUUAUUCGGAAAUUAACUAUUUUACUUAUUUAAUUAACAGAAAUACAAAGCUUUCUGAUGUGUAAAUUUUCUUUUAAAGACGUUUUUAAAUGUUAUAACCUUUAUCUGUUUGUCUGCGUCGCCGCGGUGUACCAUUUAUAAACAUGUAGCCAAUGCUAGUUGGUAUCAUUCGUGUUUGGUUAUGUUGUUUCCCAUAUAGAGUGCACACGUAGUCCAAUAUUGAUAUCUCGCCGAUUGGAUGCAACACGCGCUCUCUGUUGAGUGCUGAGUUAACUACAUUUGAUGGCCCGCACUCUUUCUUGGUAAAUGUGUACUACGACGAUAGUUACAUGUUAGUUCACGUCACACAUUCAAGUGGCUUGCGUUCGGGUCACAAAUUUUUUUUUUCUAUUUAAAGUUUAAUAAAGGUUUUUGUUGCUUGAAUUAUUAAUAUAAAUUGUUUGGCGUGCUCUUCUAUACUCCAACUUUUUUUUUUUUUUUAAAUAAACGUACUUUCCAUGAAGGGGUUUUGUUUUUAUAAAUAACUUUACCUAACAAAAAAAAAUCCACAUAAUCGUUGCACCCCUACUUUUCUAACUUGAUUUUUGUAUAAAAUGUGUGAUGAUUAUGCGAGAAAACACAGUAGCUUCUUCAUUAUUAAGUAAAAAUACAUGGCUUUUACAGAUAUACUGUAGGAGGAGGGACGCAAAGAGAACUGGAAUCCUAAUGUUGCGCAUCACGUACCUGUAGAACCAUUUUCCGCCGCUAGGUAUCGGUUGUAGGACUUCUCCUGAGUCCAUCUGCCAAGUGGCACAACCCGGAAAUGAUGAGUUAGUGUCUUCAGUGCAUUCUCGACACGAUCACAGCGGAAACUUCACAGCCGCAUGUUGUUUGUGAGAAUCUGCUAUUUUUUCAUGUCGCUAGUGCACUAAAGACACACACACACAGAACUGCCAGAGAAACCACACUCCUCAUUUUCGGGUUGUGCCACUUGGCAGACUGCCCCAGGAGAGGUCCUAGCGGCGGAAACUCGUGCUACAAGUACCUGAUGCGCAACAUUACUAUUCCGGUCUUUUUGCUCCCCUCUCGUGAUGAGAUUCCACUGCAGUGACCCAAGCAGAGGAAGGUACACCUUGAGGAGCAGUGCCAUGUUUACCACUACAGCAGGCAAAUAUAUACUAGUAUGUAUAUUUUUUAAAUUUUAAUUUUCCCAUUUCUUGUUAAGAACCACAUAGCAAGGGUGUGAAUUGUGUUUCCUCUUGUGAGGCAACAAUAACAAUGCAUGUUAUUAUUAAUGGCAGCUUUGGUGCUGAGUGCUCAGGGCCCCAUAAUGCAGUGUGUUUUGGUGCCGGCGACACGAGACGAUCGCGAGAUGGGCCGUGUUGUGUCGCACCGCUCCGUGACUCGGUGACUCGGUGUUGAGGUAUUGCGUGUUAUACAAGCCUGAGGAAUAGCAGUGUGUGGAAGGCUGACAUUCGGUACUGACACACAAAAACUCUUUUAUUCGAUGUUACAAAUGUUACAGUAUGGGACUGAUCAGUGUUUAAAAGUUUGCAUUUUUAUUAAAUGUCUAAUGCGUAGCUAUUCACUUUGCUUCUACCAUUUUGUUUUAAGUAAACUUUUAGUUCUAAGAAAAUUUCCAGUUUCCAGGUAAUUAUAGUAAAAGCCAAUAAAAAAAUUAAAUUUCAAAUACAUACUUUUUCUAGGAUAUAUAAAUAUAUAUUUUUUUCAAAUUUUAUUUGUAUAUUUAUAACACCCUUUGUGGAAAGGUUCUGUUUAUGCAAUGUUAAUAAUAAUUAUUGUUCAUGAAAAAAAAGGCACAGUAAUAAAAGUGUGUACAUAUUUUUUUAUGAUGUACAGUGUGUGACUAUUCAGCAAAAGGUCUUAAAUCCGGCAUACUCUGGAACACAGCAGUUUCGGAUUAGCGAUUUUUGCCAUUUUAUGAAAAAAUGUGAAAAUUAAAAGUAACCAGCUAUAAAACAAACGCUAUUGUUAUGAAAAACAGCAGUGGUGAAAGAACUUUGUACUCAGUUGACUUGCUGUUUGUUUGUUCAGUCAUGUGCCCUUUUUUGAAAUCCUCAAGCAGCCAUAGGUAGAGACAUGGUUUUAUUUUUAGCCCAAUUUAGUUUUUAAACAGAGGAUUUCAGUGGUAUUGUUUUUAUUUUUAUAAAUUCUGUUUUGUAAUACUUACUCCACCAAAAUAAUAAUAAAAAAUUAAUAUGCUGCAUUUAUGCGAUAAAAUAAUUUAUGUUAAAUGUGUUUGAAUCAGAACCAUACAGAAUAGAAAUAAAUUAGCGAGCAUUUGUGGUUAAAGUGAUUCAAUAAGUGAUGCACAAUACAUAUUAAAUUAAUUUUUCUGAUCUAUGCACUUUGGUACAAAUUUUUGUCUGAAAGUAAUGUCAUUCCUUGAAUUCUAAGCAUUAAAAAAAUAUAUAUAUUAAUAUUACACAUUUUUUUAAAGGUUUGAAUUAAGUUUGGUUUAAAUGCUACUUAAUUACAUGAUAUUACUUGCAUUUCAAUGUUAUAAUGGUGUAUUAACUUGCAUUUUGGUGUUAUGACUUGUUUUUAUGACUUGAUUUUUGGUGUUAUUUCGGUUUUAUUGCCACUAGAAUUAACCAAAUACUUUUUCUUUAAUCUGAAAAGAAAUAUAUUUGUACCUUAAUAGGACAUUUUACUGAUCUUAAAAACAUUUAAUAUUUUCUCAGAUAAAAUUUGUAUUUUAUUUUGCUUACAUGUAUAAAAAUCAAAAAUAAAGUUUUAUUUAUGAAUUA